UUCUGAUAUGAAAGAUCAUUUAGCAAGAUUCACCUCUUUUCAAUGUCAACCCAAAGACAGUACAGUUUGCAUCCUUUACCCUCCUGGCCGUGUAGAAAUCUCCCAGGAGUCCACUGGGUGUGGUCAGUUCCUGUUGGAGUACCUGUUGAAGAGGCUGGAGGUAGAAUCCUGCCAUGUCAAAAUAAAGGUUCUGAAGAUCUUCGUCCAUCUCUGUGGCCACGGAUCGCCUCACUUUCUGACAGAACUUAGACGGAACUCCACCUUCAUCCAGCAGGCCUCAGUUUACAGCGGUCCCCCUGAUCCCAUCCAUGGCAUUGCUCUGUAUCAGAAAGUGAGGGCCACAGCACAGGACAUAGUCAGGUUACUUUUCUCAGGCACAGCCUCUCCCCAGAGCAGCAAACUAGCCAUGCCCAACAUGGGUGAGUACAUUAUAUUGUUGUUAUUCCAUGUUCUGCAUGUCUACCUUACAUUUACAUGUUAGUCAUUUAGCAGGUGCUCUUAUCCAGCACUACUAACAAUUAGUGCAUUCAUCUUAAGAUAGCUAGGUGGGACAACCACAUGUCUCAGUCAUAGUAAGUAA